GCGAAGAACGGCUGGGAAGGCAGAGACCGGAUUUGUAAAUAAGACCGUUAAAAUCUGUGUUUUAUUUACAAAAGUUAUGCCGGCUAAUUUUAAGUAUCGUACCCAGUUGUUUUAGAUCGUUUUUCCUUUUUUUGCUCUUAUUCCUCGCUUGAUUUCCGUGUGGUUUUACACUACGCGUAAUGGCGAGCUCGGCAAACUCGAAUCCAGUGCCUAAACUGUACAGGUCUGUGAUUGAAGAUGUUAUCAACGAGGUCCGGGAGCUCUUCUUGGAUGAGGGGGUGGAUGAGCAGGUUCUCAUGGAGCUCAAAACGCUGUGGGAGAACAAGUUGAUGCAGAGUAAGGCAGUGGAGGGCUUCCAUACCGAGGAGCAGGCGGCCCUCCAGGCAGCAGCAGCCCAGCAGCAGGCCCAGCAGCAGGCCACCCAGCAAGCCCAGGCACAGCAGGUCCUCCUGCCCCCGCAGCAGCAAGUGACGAGCUGGCAAUCGACCCGGCCUACUGUCACAAGCGCACCCCAGCAGCAAGUCAUUGUGCAGGAUCCUAAGAUUCUGCAGCACAUGAGUGCAACGGGGAUGAGUGCAGCAGCCACCGCAGCAACCCUGGCCUUACCCACAGGAGUCAGUCCCUACCAUCAGCUUAUCACCAGCCAAGGCAAUUUGCCCCAGAAUUGUUUUCUUAAGACAGCGGAUGGUCAGAUCCUACAGUUUGUGCGUGCGGCCAACGGUGCUCAGUACAUCAUCCAGCCCCAGCAGCAGAUGGUGCUACAACAGCAGGUCCUUCCUCAGAUGCAGCCAGGCGGCGUGCAGGCUCCUGUAAUACAGCAGGUACGCCCCAUUACACAGGUGCUGGCUCCUCUCCAGGGAGGCCUCCCCCAGCAGACGGGAGUCAUCAUCCAGCCUCAACAGAUCGUCCUCACUGGGAACAAGGUCCAGCAGAAUGCACAGGUAAUGCAGAUGGCAGGCCAGCCCGGCCAGGUGCAGCAAAUACAGCAGCAGGUCCAACAAGUACAACAGGCCCAGGGUGGAGCUGCUCCAGGGGCCCCACAGCAGCAGCAAGCCAAGCAGCAGCCUCCUAUGAUGCUGCAGGUUGACGGAGCGGGGGACACGUCCUCAGAGGACGAGGAUGAGGAGGAGGAGGAGUAUGAUGAGGAUGAAGAUGAAGAGAAGGAUAAAGCUGGAGGGGAGGACGGACAGGUGGAGGAGGAGCCUCUGAACAGUGAAGAUGACGUGAGUGAUGAGGAGGACCAAGAACUGUUUGACACCGAGAACGUGGUCGUGUGCCAGUACGACAAGAUCCACAGAAGUAAGAACAAAUGGAAAUUCCACCUGAAGGAUGGGAUUAUGAACCUGAAUGGCCGAGACUACGUCUUCUCCAAAGCCAUCGGGGACGCUGAGUGGUAAAACACACAACAAAAAAGGGUCCGUCCCAAAUGGCACCCUAUUACCGAUAUAGUGCACUACAUAAUCCUCUGGUCAA